UGUAGAUAGUUAUGUGUUUGCAAGGAUCUAUAAACUACAGUAAACUGGGGGCAAAGUUGCCUAAGGGUGUGCUACUUGUUGGUCCACCGGGUACAGGAAAAACACUACUAGCACGGGCAGUGGCUGGAGAAGCAGGAGUACCCUUUUUUUCUGUUUCUGCAAGUGAAUUUGUAGAACUAUAUGUAGGAAAGGGAGCAUCUCGCGUCAGGGAGCUCUUUAAAGUUGCAAGAAAGAACUCACCUUCUAUCAUAUUCAUUGAUGAACUUGAUGCUGUUGGAGGAAAGCGUGGACGGAGUUUUAAUGAUGAACGAGACCAAACUCUCAACCAGGUACU